AUGGCGCUGGAGACGGACCGCAGCAGCCCCAGCGGCGCGUCGAGCCCGGGGCCGACGGCGAACCAGAGACCUCCGCCCCGAGGCCGCCCCACCCCGCCGCCCCCAUGCUGCACCGCGUGCUGCCCGCCGCCGCCGCCGCCGCCCCUCCAGGCGCCGCCGCCGCCGACGACGUCGUCCUUCUCCGUGGCCGACAUCCUGCGGCCCGAGUUCGGGCUGCGCGCGGUGGCGGCGCUGCGCCGUCCCGCCGCCGUGGUCCCGCCGCCGCCGCCCCCGCCGCCCCCGGAGGAGGAGCGGCCCGGCACGCCGCCGUCGCCCGCCUCCAGCAGCGUGUCCGCGACGUCCAGCGCCGCCGACGACAAGGCCGACCCGCCGCUGUGGCCGGCCUGGGUCUACUGCACGCGCUACUCGGACCGCCCUUCCUCAGGUCCCCGGUCGCGCCGCAUCAAGCGCAAGGACAAGAAGCCCGAGGAGAAGCGGCCGCGCACGGCGUUCAGCGGCGAGCAGCUGGCGCGGCUCAAGCACGAGUUCUCGGAGAACCGCUACCUGACGGAGCGGCGGCGGCAGGAGCUGGCGCGCGAGCUGGGGCUGAACGAGGCGCAGAUCAAGAUCUGGUUCCAGAACAAGCGCGCCAAGAUCAAGAAGGCGAGCGGCCACAAGAACCCCCUGGCGCUGCAGCUCAUGGCGCAGGGGCUGUACAACCACAGCACGGUGCCGAUCGACGAGGAGGAGGAAGAGGCCAUUUUGAGCGCCACCGCGGCGGCGGCGGCUGCUGCUGCGACGGCGAAGAACUGA